AUGGCUACAACGCAGACGAAGAAACUUCAUGGGCGAGCAUUUUACGAGAGCAUAGGAAGUCCAAAAAUGAUUUUGGCCCCUAUGGUGGAUCGAUCCGAGUUUGCCUGGCGCAUGCUGAGUCGAUCAUAUCUACCGAAGGAGUCCUCGAAAGACCUGUUGGCAUACAGUCCCAUGCUGCAUGCGCGCCUAUUUCAGGAAGGAGCGAAAUUCCGAGACGAGCACUUCCAGCCUACGCGAAGCAGCCUCAUUUUGAAAGAGCCUUCAGACGAACCUCGAUGGCUGGAUGGUAACCCCGAGAUCGAUCGGCCAUUAUUCGUACAAUUCUGCGCAAACAAACCGGAACAGUUCCUAGAAGCAGCAGAGUAUGCAGCACCUUAUUGCGACGCGGUCGACCUGAACUUGGGCUGUCCGCAGGGCAUUGCAAGAAGCGGCCAAUACGGUGCCUUUUUGCAGGAAGAUUGGGACACCAUAUCCGCGCUGAUCAAGAGACUACACCAAAACUUGUCAGUCCCAGUGACUGCGAAGAUGAGAAUACUGGAAACAAAGGAAAAGACCCUUGACUAUGCCAAGAUGAUUCUGUCUGCUGGUGCCAGCAUACUUACAGUACACGGCCGAAGAAGGGAGCAGAAGGGCCACAACACCGGUCUGGCUGACUGGUCAAUACUCCGGUAUCUACGGGAAAACCUGCCACCGGAAACAGUACUUUUCGCCAAUGGCAACAUCCUUAAUCAUGACGAUCUAAAGACCUGCUUAGAAGCCACAGGAUUCGAUGGCGUUAUGAGCGCGGAGGCGAACCUGGCGGACCCAACUGUCUUCGCGGGUCCUCCCUCAGAUCCGGACAGCCGAGAAUAUUGGCAAGGCGCUGAUGGAAAGGGCGGAUACAGGAUCGAUGGCGUCUUCCGCCGAUACUUGGAUAUCAUUUACCGCUAUGUUUUGGAGCAGGAGCCGCCUCAAAGGGCGCCACUGUAUCUGCCGGGUGAUGACACCCCUGAGAUCCAGGUACCAGAGCUUCAAGAGUCCACCGAACAACAAGGGAAGUCGAAGAAACGAAAACGAGAUCGUGGAGUUGCUGCAUCCCCUAAUCUGCGACCAAUGCAGGGUCAUCUGUUCGGCAUGCUCAGAUCUGUCGUCUCGGUCAAUACGGACAUCAGGGACGCUCUAGCAAAGUGCAGAGUGGGCGAGAUGGCCAAUUUCGAACGAGUCCUUUUGAUCCUCGAGAAGGCCGUGCGCAAGGCUCUGGACGAAGAAGCUGCGGAACCCGAGAAAGAAACAGCUGCUCCUUCUGAGUACGCUCAGAGCGAGGAGACUCUGACUGCCACCCAGAAGACACUGGCGAAGUAUGGUCGCCCUUGGUGGGUAUGCCAACCGCACGUGCGGCCAUCACCCGAAGAGGCACUGGCGAAAGGUUCUUUGAAACUCAGGAAGAAAGCAGCAGCUGAAGCGGAGAGUGAAAAGCGAUUGAAGCAAUCGGAUGAGCCUUUGCAUCGCGAAGAGAAGCCUGAAGUGGUCGACACUGUGAAUCAGGUUCCGAAAGCUGCUGUAGUGUGCGGGUGA